GAGACAUCUCGCUGCGCUUCCUAUCUCUGAGCAGCUAGCAGCGGCGGCUAAUCCGGCUAGUGGCGGCGAUGGCGGAGCUGGUGCAGGGACAGGCCUCGAUGAACCAGCCGGGGCUGAAGUCAGACGGCCUGGUCGAUGUUCUGCAGAGGGCCCGGCAGAUUGUGGGGAAGAUGGGAGGAGAAACCAUGUCGCACCUCAACAGCUCCUCAGGCGGCGUGGAGCCUGCGCUCUACUAUCCCGGACAGAAACGCCCCGGAGAGGACGGAGUAGGUAACCAGCUUCCAGCCAUGGGCCAUCAAAGGGUGAUGACAGAGGAGUACAAGGUUCCUGACAGGAUGGUCGGCUUCAUCAUCGGUAGAGGAGGCGAGCAGAUCACCAGGAUCCAGUUGGAAUCGGGAUGUAAGAUCCAGAUCGCUUCUGACAGCGGAGGGCUGAUGGAGCGGCCGUGUUCGCUGACAGGAACCCCCGAGAGCAUCGAGCAGGCAAAGCGGCUGCUGGUGCAGAUCGUGGAGCGGUGUAGAAACGGGCCGGGUUUCCAUGGAGACGGGGACGGAGGCACGGCGGUCCAGGAGAUGCUGAUCCCAGCCAGCAAAGUGGGUCUGGUGAUCGGGCGAGGAGGCGACACCAUCAAACAGCUGCAGGAGCGGGCCGGGGUCAAGAUGAUGAUGAUCCAGGACGGGCCCAUGCCGACCGGAGCCGACAAACCUCUCCGCAUCUCUGGAGACCCCUACAAAGUCCAGGCCGCCAAGGAGCUGGUUCUGGAGGUGAUCCGAGAGAAGGACGGAGACUUCAGGGCCGGACGCAGCGACUUUGGAGGCCGGCUGGGAGGAACCAGUUUGGACGUUCCGGUUCCGAGGUUUGCUGUGGGCAUCGUUAUCGGCAGGAACGGAGAAAUGAUCAAGAAGAUCCAGAACGACGCCGGAGUCCGAGUCCAAUUCAAAGCAGAUGACGGGAUCAGUCCGGAGCGUGUUGCCAUGGUGAUGGGUCAGCCGGAGCGCUGCCAGCACGCCGUCCAUCUCAUCAACGAGCUCAUCCAGACAGCCCAGGAGCGGGACGGGUUCGGCUCGGCCCUGCGAAGCAGCCGGGUCAGAGGGCGCAGCGACUGGACGAUGGGCUCCCCUGGCCCGCUGCAGGAAGUGACCUACACCAUCCCGGCGGACAAGUGCGGCCUGGUCAUCGGCAAAGGAGGAGAAACCAUCAAGAGCAUCAAUCAGCAGUCUGGAGCUCACGUGGAGCUGCAGAGGAACCCGCCGCCCUCCACGGACCCAAACACCCGGGUCUUCACCAUCAGGGGCACCGCCCAGCAGAUGGAGGUGGCCCGCCAGCUCAUCGACGAUAAGAUCGGGGGCUCCGGGAUCAUGAGUAACGGAGGAUUCGGCUUCAGUCCCUUCACUGCCGCUCCGGCUGCUCACCAGAACAGCGGUCAGCCCUUCGUGACUGGUGUUUGGGGGAGCACUUACCAUGCCCAGAGCAGCUGGCAGAACCCUGGACAACAGGACCCAGGUCACAGUUUGGCUCAGACAGGACAGAUGGACUACUCCAAAGCAUGGGAUCAGUACUAUAAGAAGCUAGGUCAGCAGAACCAGCCUCAGAACAUGAUGACGGACUACAGUAAAGCCUGGGAAGACUACUACAAGAAACAGAGUCAGUCGUCUCAGCCCAAUUCGGUGCCAGACUACACUGCAGUGUUAGCAGAAUACUACAGACAGCAGCCCUACCUGUGGAACCCCGCCCAGAUCCAGGAUCACUAGAGGCUCCCUCAUGGCGGGCUCCGGGCCUCGGACGGUCGUUGACAGCAACCAAAAUGUGGUUUCCAAGCAACGCUCUGCCGCUUCUUUCUUCCUUUUUGUAGAGAAAAACUAAGGAUUAACUGAAAAAUCACAAACUCUUUUCUUUCUGUUUUUUAACCUUACAGAGUUGAUAUUUUGUCAGGCAGAUUUUUUUGGACUAGCCUCUGGUCUCUCCACAGCAUAGACCUGUUUUUCUUUUUUUAUCAAACUUGAACUUAAAGAUCUAUCAGUGUGGCUUUGAACAAACAAAUCCAGUAUAAUCUAUAUUUUGUCUAGUUUUAUUUUUCUGAUAAACGGUAUAAGACUUAGCAUUCUUGAGUAAGGAGAUCCAAUAUAUUAUUAUUUUGUUUAUGAUGUUUUAAAGCAUGCGUCAGAUUGUGUGUCGACUCUCAGUUAUAUAUUUUUUUUAUUUUGGCAUAGAAAUAUUUUAAUAGCGUUGGAUGGAAAUGUGAUGUUUUACCGUCUGAGAUAAACCUGUAUUUUGUACUAAAUUUCUGCUCGCUGGGUCUAUUCAUACUCCAUCUAAUUUUACCUGUUUAGUCGCCAUCUUGGAGGUGCAAUGAUGUUUCCUUUAGUUUGAUAAUUCUUCCUGUUCAUGAAUAGCCGUCUCUUUAGGUUUUAUUCAGAUGAUAAAACGAAGGCGAUGAAAAUCGCAUUACCUGAAGCCAGAUCUCUCUGUGGUCAACCCGUCAAAUCCAGUUCGGCUCCCCAGAUCCACGCCUCCACCUUUCUUACAAUUUGGAGGUCAUUUUCUCAGACGGCGAAGCGUAACUAUUGCAGCAAGUUCUGCCCUUCUUCUUCUUUGUUUGUUUGUUUUUGGGCAGUUAACGUGGAGCUAAACCCUGACGAUGACGCCGCCGAACAGAGGGUUUGCUACAAAAUCGUCGCUUGGUUGUGUUUUAGCUAACGUUGGUGGCGCCGCCGCACCAGUGGCUGAACGAAUGUUACAGACGUUUGGUUGAAUGGACGCGGGAAUGAAUCCGUGUGUUUUUGUAAGCUAAUGUCCACGCCGCGCUCGCCGUAUGUCAACCAAGUAAUCAGGUUAGCCUGAUCAUUUUCAUUUUAACGUAGAAAUAUCGUAAAACACUGUUUAGCAUUGAUGCAACUUUAAAGAAAGCUGACAUAAUAAAGCAAAGUUCCGUCGCUCCGUGAAAUUUACCGAUAUCCUGUUUUAACUUGCUAACAAACUGCCAAACUGGGGACAUUUUUUAUGCUACUGAUCUGAUAUGUUAGCCUCAAACCUAAACUAUCGACGCUAUCGUCGUACACAAAGUCACAAUUUAUCAUUAGAGGUAGAACUCCACACUUUAUCGGCUAAAAAUCCAAGAACCUAGCAGCAAAUAACGACUCCGCCUCAUCAGACAUUUGAUCAAUUAGCAAAUGCUAACAAUAACAAACCAAAUCAUUUACGUUGAUCCCGUAGCUUAAUUGCAUAACUAGCAAAUUACAUAAUUGUUCCAUUGUUGGAUAACGUGGAAGUUGUGGAACAAGAAAUAUUUGGUAUCAGUCAACAAUAAUAAUGAACAAUUUACCAAAAAAUUAUUUUUAACAUUUUUGAAGUGACAAAAUAUAAGCUUUUCUUUGUGUAACAAUCUUUAAUAAGCUAAUAACAAAACCACCAACUAGGAGACCAUUAAACAAGGCGGCUAAGCACAGUCUGAUGUCAUCAGUCACAUGAUGAGCUCACAUUUUAUACAAAAACACACUUUCUACAUUCAAACUACGAAAAUGUGGUUAAACCACAAAAUAAAAAAUGUCGUGAAUUUAAUUUUCAGAUAAUGUGAGCAACAACUAGCAAACAAAUGAUAGCAGCGUUUUAAUACUUCCUGAUGUUCUUUGUUAACUUGCAAAUUUUUUUGUGUAUGUUGUGUUACAUUGACUUUAACAAAAAGCUUAACUAAUUUACGUGAAAGUAGCUAGCCUAGCGUGGGUUUGCGUUAGGCUAGCACACACCUUAUCCUCCCAAACUUGCAAAUUAAAAAUUAUUAAAAUGUAAAAAGAUUCACCAGGUCACCAGCGUCAUUAGUUUAGAGUUUACGAGAAACUAAAAACGUGUCGUGACCUCAGUGCCGAUCUUUUAUCUUUAAACCUGGUCGUUAGCAUCAAAGGACACGUCAUUAACGAGCAUCUAACAACAAAAAACAUUUCUCCUAUCCUUAAAGUGCCCAUGUUGAAAUUAAAAAGGAAUUCAUUUUUUUUAGGAUUGUCGAAAAUCAAACAAACCCUGAAACAAGCGGCGCUAAAUUGGCGCCGUAGAAACGGCUCUAGUGGUUAUUUAAUGUUACUCCGAAAUAAUUUGUUUUAAUUUAAUUAUAAGCUGCCAAACCCACUUCAUGAGCCCGAAGUUUUCCUGUCUGCUUUAAAUGGUUCGAGUCCAGAAGAAUUUAGCUGAAAUGUCGUUAGCUACCGGAAGAGGUUAGCUUAGCAUUGCGUGUAUCAAACGGUGCUGAUUAUGUUUUAGCUGUAUGUUGUGUGUUUAUUAAGGCUGGGUAAUGUUCCUCAAACAAGCAUUUGUUGUGUUAUUUUCAUAAACUUGCACAAAUGUAAAUAUAUUUUUUGACAUUUCUUAUCUAAACUCUGCUAAUUUACUGUUCAGCGUAUUUGAUGAAAAUCUGUUGAAAAUCUGAAGACUUGUUCCUUUUUGUUUUUUUUUACAUGUCAGUCCUGAUGUUUUCAGUUGAAAUUCAUGUGUUUAGAUCUUUCUAAACGCGUUUCAGAUUUGCUAGCCACCCAUGUUGCGUUGGCUGCCUUGGAUUAUGCUAGCAUGCUAUAGUUUGACCGUUUAUUACAGAUCUGCUCAUUUUCAUGAGUUGGUCGUCAUAGAGAUGUAGCUGCGGCCGCCGCGCGGCGGUUUGCUCCGUUAUCGGGACUCGUGGAUGCUAGCUGAACCGUGUUAGCCGCCACCGUGCGGCGGUUUGCUCUGUUAUCAGGACUCGUGAAUGCUAGCUGAACCCUGUUAGCGUCGGACCACAGAGAGGUUUGUCUUGUUUUAGGAGAUCUGGCUGUUAUUGAGUUUCAAUUGAAUCAGUGGUGUUGCUUUCUAUAUGUGUGAUUAUGAUAAAGACGAUAAUGAGUUCUCCUCUUCAGGGGUCUAUUUAAAUUGUAUUAAUAUUCAGUUUUUGUCAAUGAGAUACUUUGGUUUGUGUAAAUUUCCACUCUGGCGGGUGCUCUCCAGUUAAAAUGUCUUUUUUUUGUUCUGUUAAUUCACUUGUUUUGUUUAAUAAUCUGAGAGUGUGUGUUGUUUCCUCAAGACUGCUAGGUGAACCGCCUCCGUCUGCUCUCCCUGCUGCUCUUAGCGCCCGGCUCCUCUGAGGCGGCGGCGCUCAGAGCCACGGAGGGCUGCAUUAAAGGGGUUGAAGACCCCACAGAAUUAUAAAAACUGCCGGAGCAGAUGCUGGCCUGCUGUCCGGCUCUGGUCUGAUGCUUGAUGGGGGGGGCUCCAUCAGAACCAGACAGGAGCGCACCUGUCGGCUCUGGCGAGAGGCUUCCUGGUCCAGAGGUUUACCUCUGAAAGGGAGCGUUUGGUUUCAUGGUUUCUGUUCUUUUUCUAAUGGACAGACGUCCUAACUGUAACCUGCAGAUUUUUCUAUUAGAAUCUAUUGACAGAGAGUUAUGUCGGAACCCGCGCCACAGGACUGUUGUGGCACAUGAUGAUUAAUAUGAGGGCUAAUAAACCGGCUCCUUCUUUCUGA